AUGAUUGGGGCUUGGAAUGUGAGAGGGUUGAACAAGCCUCGAAGGAAAAAGGAGGUGAAGAAAUGGAUUACAUCCAAUUCAUCUCAUUUUGUUUGUUUGUUUGAAACUAGAGUUCGGGCUGUUUCUUUUGAUAUUAUUUCCAAAAAGGUUAUGCCUAGUUGGAGUUGGGCGGAUAAUUAUGUGGCACAUGGUUUGGGCAGAAUUUGGAUUGGAUGGAAUGCUGCAAUAUUGUCUGUCGUGGUUUUGGAUGUGCAGGCUCAGUGUAUGUUGCUUCAAGUUACCAUCCUACAUUCUGGUGAAAUUAUUUUCUGUACUCCAGUCUAUGCUGCGAAUAGGGCUGUAGAUAGAAAGGCUCUCUGGUCCUAUAUAACCCACUAUUCUAUAUUGGCUAAUGGGCCGUGGAUCACCCUAGGAGAUUGGAAUGCUAUUAGGUUCCAUGGUGAUAAGAAAGGAGGUAAGAGGGUUCCUCAAAAGUUGCUUGAUGAAUUUAGUAACUGCCUGCAUACAGCAAAUUUACUGAAAAUUUAUGCUACUAAUGGUGAAUGGUCUUGGAGUAAUAGGCAGAGGACUACUAGGAGGAUUUGUGUUAAACUUGAUAGGGUGUUUUUGAAUAAUCAAUGGUUGGACCAAAUUCCUGGUACUAAGAUGGCUUUCUCUGCAGCAAAGAGUUCUGAUCAUUAUGGAGUGGUGGUUCAAGUUUCAAAGACUUUUGCAGCAGGUCCAGAACCAUUUAAAAUGCUGAAACUCUGGUGUCUUAAAGAAACUGUUUUACCCAUUAUUGAGCAAGCAUGGAAGAUUGAAGGGAAAGGGGUUUUAAAGUCUACCCAAAAACUUGAAGACAUCCAGUUGCAGUUGCUGUCCAAUUCGUCUGAAGAUCUGUUUGAGGCUGAAUAUAAGAUCAGAGAGGAGUAUCAAGCUUCUAUGACUGACCAAGAGAUACUUCUAGCUCAAAAGGCUAGGACUCUAUGGUUAAGGGAGAAUGACAGAUGCUCUGCCUUUUUCCAUCAUUAA